CAUGUCACGUGUCAGUCAAAGAUGGCUGCUCCCGGGCGAGUUGAGCAAAGGUUGGAGUGAGCCCCCGCGUGGCGGAGGAAGACCGAGGAGGCAGCGACUGCUGGAAGCCGAGUGUUAAGAUCCACAUUAUUGAAAAAUGAUAUUUUAAUUUAAGGCCCAAGAUGGAAAAUCAUGAACCAGAUGAUACUAUCAAGGAAAAGUUAAUUGAUAUCAUAACCAGAAAAAUUAGCCAACUUCCAGAAGCAGACAGGAAUGUGCUUGAAAAUGGAUCAACAUAUAUUGGACUUAAUGCUGCUCUCUGUGGCCUAAUAGCGAAUAGUCUUUUCCGACGCAUCUUACAUGUGACACAGGCUCGUAUAGCUGCUGGAUUACCAAUGGCAGUGAUCCCAUUUUUGACAGCACACACAUCUUACAAAGGUUUUGUAAGUUUACCUUUGAAUACAGGUGAUCUGCAAUGUGAAACUUGUACCAUCAUACGAGGUGGAUUGGUUGGUCUUAUUUUUGGUGGUCUGUACCCUGCUUUCUUGGCUAUACCUGUGAAUGGUGGCCUAGCAGCCAGGUAUAACUCAGCCCUGCUACCAGAGAAAGGAAACAUCUUAAAUUACUGGGUUAGAAUUUCUAAGCCUGUCUUUAGAAAGAUGUUAUUUCCCAUUUUGCUCCAGACUGGGUUUGCAGCAUACCUUGGGUCUAGACAAUAUAAAGUACUUAUAAAGGCUCUUCAGUUACCUGAACCUGGCCUAGAAAUUCAGUGAUUGUUAAGCAAACGUAUACACAAAAAUAAAAUUGUAAAAAUAA